CCACGUGGCGCACGCGCACUGCGGAAUUGCUGGUGCUCGUCGCCGGCCCAGGCUUUUCUGUUCCUUGUAGCCCUCGGGUUUUGAAUCUCAGCUGUCCUUCCAUGUCGGAAGAGAAGUCUAGCAGCCCUUCGGGGAAGAUGGACGGCGAGAAACCGGUGGAUGCCAGUGAGGAGAAGCGAAAGGAAGGAGGCAAGAAGAAGAACAAAGAUGGAGGUGGAGAUGGAGGUCGAGCAGAGUUGAAUCCUUGGCCUGAGUAUAUUAACACGCGCCUUGAUAUGUAUAAUAAGCUAAAGGCAGAACAUGAUUCUAUCCUGGCUGAAAAGGCAGCAAAAGAUAGCAAGCCGAUUAAAGUCACUCUGCCCGAUGGGAAACAGGUGGAUGCGGAGUCCUGGAGAACCACACCAUACCAGAUUGCAUGUGGAAUUAGUCAAGGCCUGGCUGACAACACUGUCGUUGCUAAAGUGAACAAGGUUGUUUGGGACCUGGACCGCCCUCUGGAGACAGACUGUACUUUGGAGCUUCUCAAGUUUGAGGAUGAGGAAGCACAGGCAGUAUAUUGGCAUUCCAGUGCCCACAUAAUGGGUGAGGCCAUGGAAAGAGUCUAUGGUGGAUGCUUGUGUUACGGCCCACCAAUAGAAAAUGGGUUCUAUUAUGAUAUGUACCUUGAAGAAGGGGGUGUAUCCAGCAAUGAUUUCUCUUCCCUGGAAACUUUGUGUAAGAAAAUCAUUAAAGAGAAGCAAGCUUUUGAAAGAUUGGAAGUGAAGAAGGAAACGUUGCUAGAAAUGUUUAAGUACAACAAGUUCAAGUGCCGGAUACUGAAUGAAAAAGUAAACACCCCGACCACGACUGUCUAUAGAUGUGGCCCUUUGAUAGAUCUCUGCCGGGGUCCUCAUGUCAGACACACAGGGAAGAUUAAGACUUUAAAAAUACACAAGAAUUCCUCCACAUACUGGGAAGGCAAAGCAGACAUGGAAACCCUCCAGAGGAUUUAUGGCAUUUCGUUCCCUGACCCCAAACUACUGAAAGAGUGGGAGAAGUUCCAAGAGGAAGCCAAAAACCGAGAUCAUAGGAAAAUUGGGAGGGACCAAGAACUCUAUUUCUUCCAUGAACUCAGCCCUGGAAGUUGCUUUUUCCUGCCAAAAGGAGCUUAUAUUUAUAAUACACUUAUGGGAUUUAUCAGGAGUGAAUACAGGAAAAGAGGCUUUCAGGAGGUCGUCACCCCCAACAUCUUCAAUAGCCGGCUCUGGAUGACCUCUGGCCACUGGCAGCACUACAGUGAGAACAUGUUCUCCUUUGAGGUGGAGAAGGAGCAGUUUGCCCUGAAGCCCAUGAACUGCCCAGGACACUGCCUUAUGUUCGAUCAUCGGCCAAGGUCCUGGCGAGAGCUGCCUCUGCGAGUAGCUGAUUUUGGUGUGCUUCAUAGGAAUGAGCUCUCGGGAGCUCUCACAGGACUCACGCGGGUCCGAAGAUUCCAGCAAGAUGACGCGCACAUAUUCUGUGCCAUGGAGCAGAUUGAGGAUGAAAUCAAAGGUUGUUUGGAUUUUCUUCGCACAGUGUAUGAUGUCUUCGGAUUUUCAUUUAAACUGAAUCUUUCUACUCGCCCAGAAAAAUUCCUUGGAGAUAUUGAAAUAUGGAACCAAGCCGAAAAACAACUUGAAAACAGUUUGAAUGAAUUUGGUGAAAAGUGGGAACUAAAUCCUGGUGAUGGAGCCUUCUAUGGUCCGAAGAUUGAUAUACAGAUAAAAGAUGCGAUCGGCCGCUACCACCAGUGUGCGACCAUCCAGCUAGACUUUCAGUUACCCAUCAGGUUUAAUCUUACUUAUGUAAGCCACGACGGUGAUGAUAAGAAAAGGCCAGUGAUUGUUCACCGAGCCAUCCUGGGGUCAGUGGAAAGAAUGAUUGCCAUCCUCACAGAAAACUAUGGGGGCAAAUGGCCUUUCUGGCUCUCUCCUCGCCAAGUGAUGGUGGUUCCAGUGGGACCAACGUGUGAUGAAUAUGCUCAAAAGAUACGGCAACAAUUCCACGACGCUAAAUUCAUGGCUGACAUUGACCUGGAUCCAGGCUGUACCUUGAAUAAGAAGAUCAGAAAUGCACAGUUAGCUCAGUAUAACUUCAUCCUGGUUGUUGGUGAAAAAGAGAAAGCCAGUGGCACUGUGAACAUCCGCACCAGAGACAAUAAAGUCCACGGAGAGCGAACUGUCGAGGAGACAGUGGAGCGGCUGCAGCAGCUCAAGCAGGCCCGUAGCAAGCAGGCAGAGGAGGAGUUUUAACAGGCACACAGCCGGUGGUGCUGGCGCUGUCACAUGACCUGUACACUGGGAAACGUGCUUUAUAAUGAAUGAGGCGUAGUUCUGCAGUCUGCAUGUAUCAGCCUUCAUGACCUGGACAAGUCUUAGUGAGUGCGUUAGAUGGGGGAUAAUAAGAGAACCAUUACAAUUGUUUUGUUGAUUGAAUGUCUUCGCAAUGGAAAAUCGUGGGGGAUGUUUUAAUGUAACAGGGUUAUUUUGUAUGAAUUCAAUCAAUUAAAAAAAUAAAAUUUUUAAAAAUACUCCUACAGAACCAAAGUUGAACUCUGCUGUUAAAAUUCAGGAUUUACUACUGCAGAUAUCAAGACUUCUCUAUCCUCGCCUUUAUAUGAAGGACUGGGUCAGGCUGUGUGCCUCAGUGUCCAUCGGAGGUCAGAACAAGUGCUGAUUCCCAACUGAGAUGGGAGCUGAAUUUUUUUUUUUUUUUGAAGUGACAACGUUCAUUUCUUUUGGAGAGGACAGCUUUAAAAUAACUUAAAGGUACACAAACUUUUAAGGCUGUGUAUUUAAAGAUGUAGCUCUGUAAGAAAGACUGUUCUGUGUUAGAUAAUCUCUUAUAAUAAAUAAUUUUCAGAUUUUUCUACCAGCAAAUCAUUUUAUGGAGAAUGAUACAAGAAAGAAAUUUCUUGUGUGAUCUUUCUAGUCAUUUUCAGAAGUCAACCUCUUGUCGGGUCUAUAGUAACCCCAACAUGUUUGUUGGCAAUGGUUACAUCAGGGAGAAACCAAUUUGCAUAGAUUAAUUCUCUAAUAAAGGAGGUAAUACUUUUAUUCUUGGUUUUGUUUUUUGAAACUUUAUAUGCCGCCCUUCUGAGUGCCUUAACAGAUACACUUUGGUAGCCUUGUAGUUAAUUGCUGUCUCUUGACAAAACUUAAAAUAUAAAACAGGUUUUGGAUUCUGA